AUGUUGGCUGAAUCUAUACUGAUCAGAUCCGCAAAACACACGACAAUGAUGGAAUGGAACGACGUUCUAUCGUUUUGGUCUCUGGGAAGUCUGGAUACAAGACUAGAUCCUACGACAGAUAUUAAAAGGCGGCAAAAGGUUAGUUUAGGAGCCUCGAAACCUCUUUGGAAUACGUGGGAAUUUAAGUUUUACUAUGUAGCAUUUUUGAUCGUCGUUCCGCUUAUGAUAAAAACGGCUAUGGCGGCCAGCAAUGAAACAAGCACCAACUACUAUCAGUUUGAAAGGCUAUUGAGUCCUGGCUGGAUAAUGGGCCGGAAGGUGGAUAACAGUGACAGCCAGUAUAGGUUUUUUAGGGAUAAUCUGCCUCUACUGGCGGGGCUCGUCGUAUUGCACACCGCUGUGAAAAAGACAACGAUAAUUGUGACUGGGAUUAGCAAGGUUAGGUUUGACUUAAUUUUCGGUUUGAUCUUCUUAUUCGCAGCACAUGGUGUCAAUGCGCUUCGAGUACUUUUUCAUUUGCUCGUAAAUUUCGCCAUCGUUAAGGUGUUCAAGAAACAUCGCCGGUUCGCCACUUUGCUAGCUUGGUCAUAUGGAAUUGGAACCUUAUUCUUCAACAACACGUUCAGAACUUACCCAUUCGGUAAAGUGAUACCUUUUUUUGCUCCAUUAGAUACAUCAUACAAAGGAAUUAUAGAACGCUGGGAUGUGUUUUUCAAUUUUACUCUUCUCAGAAUGCUGAGCUUUGAUAUGGAUUUUUUGGAAAGAUGGGAAGACGUUACAGGUAAAAGACGUGUGAGUCCGCCACCCAUAGUUAUGGAUAAGCCAGAACUGAAAAGAGCAGCCUCUUCGGCAACACGUUUAGAGACGAUUUGUGAAAAUGGGAGUCCCUCGCUACUCACAGACGAGCGUGCAAGACUUAUAGCACCUCAUCAUAUUCAAGAUUACAGCUUGUGUAACUACAUUGCAUACGUUGCUUACACUCCAUUGUUUAUCGCAGGUCCAAUUAUUACAUUCAAUGACUAUUUUUAUCAAUCUCAACAUACUCUACCUUCUAUCUCGGUGAAAAGAAUAAUCAUGUACGCCAUCAGAUUUGUUUUCAGCGUGCUGACAAUGGAAGUUGUUUUACAUUACAUGUACGUAGUCGCAGUGUCAAAGACUAAAGCAUGGCAUGACGAUACUCCGUUCCAGAUCUCUAUGAUUGGCCUUUUGAAUUUGAACAUUGUUUGGCUAAAAUUGUUAAUCCCAUGGCGCCUAUUUAGACUAUGGGCUAUGUUAGAUGGUAUUGAUGCUCCAGAAAAUAUGAUUCGGUGUGUGAAUAAUAACUACAGCGCACUUGCCUUUUGGAGGGCGUGGCAUAGAAGCUAUAACAAAUGGGUUGUUCGUUAUAUUUAUAUACCUCUAGGAGGGUCGCGGAACAGAAUUUUAACCUCUCUCGCUGUGUUUUCAUUCGUUGCUAUCUGGCAUGACAUAGAGCUAAGGUUGUUACUUUGGGGUUGGCUGAUUGUUCUCUUUCUUUUGCCAGAAAUCUUUGCAACUAACUACUUUACUAGGUACCAGAAAAAGCCCUGGUAUAGAUAUCUUUGCGGCAUGGGCGCUGUGGCGAACAUCUGGAUGAUGAUGAUUGCCAACCUAUAUGGAUUUUGCUUGGAUUCCGAAGGCAUGACACAAUUUAUCAAGGAUAUGUUUUGUACUUGGGCAGGUAUAAGAUUUGUUAUAUGCGCUAAUAUGGCGCUAUUCAUCGCAGUACAGAUUAUGUUUGAGCAAAGGGAGCAUGAAAAAAGAUGCGGUAUAAAUAUUAAAUGCUAA